AUGUCUCCAGUCCAGCAGCCGGAUACCAUUCCGCUCAUCGACACGCAUCUCACCGCGGUUCUGUCUGGCGUUGCUGUCUGCGAGAUCCUAUCGUUCAUUGCGUUUGACGUGCGGCUGGUGGUCGCGAUGAUCAGCAAGCGGCGCAUGCGGCCGAUGCCACUAGCCUACCUUGUCGCACGCUACUCGAUGGCGAUCGGCAUUCUCACGCUCGCCUGGCUCACCAUCCCCGUCUUCCGCCCUCGUCCUCAAAACGAUGCCCAGGUCCACUGGCUACGAGCCAUUGCGUUGCCGACCAUCUUCACGUCGACCUCGGCAGUGCUCGGCUACCGCGCGCUGAUCCUACACUUUGACCGCGCCAAACUCGUAUCGCGAAGCAUCCACGUGCUGCUUGUGGCGGAGCUGGCGGGUGGGAUCGCGGUGACCACACUGGCGGUGUCGGACCCGCUGAAUCCGGCGCAACGGUUCGGGAGCGUGGCGGUGUACGUGUCGCCGGCGCUACUGUGUGCGCCGCUGGUGAUCGCGAUGCUCAUUGACGCUGUGUUUACGCUGAUCGUCGUCGUGCCAAUCUUGCGCGGAGGAGAUAGACCGCGCAAGGGAGAGGUGGUGCAUAUGCUGCUCUCGGACGCUUCGUUCUUCGGGGUGUUCAGCAUGGUUGUCAAGGCGAUCGCGAUCGGGUUGACGCUGCGCUUUUCCGCGGGCGACACGAACCCCUAUCUGCCCGUGCGCGUCGAGUGCGUCGCCAGCACCGUCUUUGCCUGCCGCAUCUUCCGUGGCCAGGAAACGUUUUUGCGGUGUCAGCGCGAGAGAAAGGCACACCCGAGCCUCAGGCCCAUCGAGCUGGAGGAGAUAGCGGGCAAGGAGGUCGCGGAUGCGGAAAGAUGUGCGGGCAGCGUGGCGGACAGGGCCUCGGUGGACAAGGGCGUGGGCAAGCCGACGUGGACGCUGACAGACUGCUGUCUAGAGGCGACCGCGACGGGCGGACUGUGUAACGGUCGGGCAGCGGAUCGCGACAGAGCAACGACAGGGUUGCGAUGGUGA